UGGACUGUAGAGAACUCGCGAGAAUAUUCGCGUGUCUCGUCGUCAGAUGUCUAAAUAAACACUCGCGAGUUUAAUGGUUCCGCGCGGAUAUAAGGAAGGAUUAUCCAACAGACUGUUGACUCGGUGGUUAACUUUAACAGUAUAGAAGGAGUGGAAGUGUUGAGUCUAGACAGCGCCACCAGGUGUACAACAAUGAGCCUGGAGAGACAAUCCAAAGGUGUUGACCUCUCUGGCCUGCAGGAGCACCUCUGUGGCCUGUGGAGCAGGAAAGAGCAGAAGGAGCUACGGCAAGUGUUAGCGAGCAGUUUCUCACAGAUGCAGGAGCCCUUGGCCGGUCUGCUGGACUUCCUGGAGGGCUGCCUUACCGUCCAGAAGGGGAAGUCCACCAUCUUGAACCAGUUCAUUCUCACAGAGUUCAUGCGCUGGAGGACCAAUAAUGCCCAGGCCAGUCUGAAUGUCUUGAGGGAAGAAGAGCGACUGCGUUUGCAGAAGAAAGCCCUGGGGCUCCUCACAGACUCUCAUCCCGGGUACAUGGACCCCCUGCUGGAGAUUUAUCAGCUGAGCUCUCUGAAAACACCACUGCUGCUGGAACAUGUGGACUUCCUGCAGGACUGCUGCUGCUUCAAAGAGGCGCUGAUUUUCAGUGUCAAAGUGGAGCUCCAGAAAGAUCUGGACAUGGAGAAGAUGUGUGUCCCUCUCAUUCUCCUGGACAAGCUGUCGCUGGUGGAGCUGUAUGUGCGAGACCAUCCCGACCUGCAGAAGCGUCUGCUCAAGCUGCUGGACUCCUGGUGCGUGCCCAACUUUGACAUCCAGGCGCUGCUCAGUCGGUACCCAAACGUGGUUCUCUCAAAACAUCAGACGGACCAGAUCCAGCCCAAGCUGCUCAGUAAACAUGUGUUCAGACUCAUGGAGAAGUUCUGCAUUGAUCCCGGUCUGUGCUCUAAUUCUGUCUAUAAGAGGAAGCUGGAUUCACUGAGGUUUCUCAUGUACAAAACCUUCGGCGAGAAAGGCAUGUCUGAAGAGAACUGGAGAGACCACGUUCAGGCCAUGAUUGAAGGCAACGCAGAGCUCCAGAUUCAACUGGUGCAGCUGUUGGUUAAACACUGCAGCCUCAAGACCGCUGCCCAGUGGGCUGCACAUUACAACUUACCCAGAAACAGGCUUCCCUUAGGAGUCUGGGACAAAAUUCAGAGCCUCUCCCCCAAGCAGCUAGAAAUGCAUGCUGUGAGCGGCCCACCCGAAUCUUGGACACCUCUUCAGUCUGAUCGGCAAAAAUACUACCAGCUUCCUCUGUCCAGAGAAAACGUCCACUUUGUAGAAACAUUAGAUGAAGUUAAGCAGUGCCGAGAAGCUGUUUUAAAGUCUGGUUGUGUGGUGGGAAUGGACAUGGAAUGGAGAGCCGGUUUUGGCACAGUAUCCUCUCAGCAUGUGGCUCUGAUCCAGCUGGCAGUACAGGAUCGGGUGUUUCUGUUGGACCUUUGUGCACAUGCUAUUAGCCACAACAGCUCCACAGUGAACUUCAUCAGGGCUCUGCUGUCAGACAAGAACAUCCUCAAACUGGGUUAUGGGAUGUCUGGAGACUUGCGGAGUCUAGUCAGCAUGUGGCCCGAGCUCAGGGAAGCGCCGAUGAAAAUGGAAGGAGUUCUGGACCUGCUUCAUGUCCAUCAGGAGAUUCAGCGGUGCUGGUUGGGCAACAAAGGAUGUCGGUCAGUGGAAGUGAGUAAGGGACCAACAGAGAAGGGCCUGAGUUUGCUAGUGCAGCAGAUAUUAGGAAAACCACUGAACAAAACAGAGCAACUCUCCAACUGGGAACGCCGACCACUCCGGACCAGUCAACUCCGCUAUGCAGCCACUGAUGCGUACUGCCUGCUGGAUGUCUACCUCGUCCUCUCCCGGGACCCAAAGGCAUUUGGUUUGCCAGAGGACCUACGUUGCAUUCCCUCGGCCCAACAGGCCAAGAGCCGUGAGGAAAAGAAACCUAAAGAGAAGAAAAAGCAGUAUAAAAGAAGAGAGGCUCGGCAGAAAGCGAAUGAGGCCCACUUUGUAGAUGACCGUCUAAAGGUGAAUUCGGAGUACGAAGGGCCCACCAUCACACCACCAGAGCUAAGAGUGGUCUGUGAUAACAUGCUGCAGGGUCUGGGACGUUUAUUGCGCUGUCUGGGGGUGGACGUCAAAAUGCUGGAGAACUCUGAUGACCAUAAAGUAGCAGCAGAGCUGGCUCGUGCUGAAGGUCGUGUCAUCCUCACCGCAGGUCAGCCCUACCAAACAUUACGAUCACAGGUCGGAGAAGGCCGCUGCCUGGUUCUGGACUGCUCAGAAAAGGCACGUGAUCAGGCCGUGCAAGUUCUAAAGCAUUUACGCGUCCACCUCACCCAUGCAGACAUCUUCAGUCGAUGCCAGGCUUGCAAUUGUAAUGAGUACUUGAAGCUGUCCAGAGAGGAUAUGACCCGCAUGAUCACAGACCGAGGUCUCCUUCAAGGCAUUGCAUCUAAGCGGGAUGACUGCGAGCCACAGGAUGAAACACGAGCAGAAAACAAUAGCUGGAGGUCCCCAGAGGGCCCCAAGUUCAACCCUAACUGCUGCUGGGCCCCACGAACCGCCCUGGACCCCCAGACCUUCAGAUUCCCCAGCGGGGCUGAAGUUCAGCUGGAGACGGUGCCUCCAGACCUCGUACACCGGAUUCCAGAGUUCUUCAUCUGCACCCGCUGUGGAAAGGUGUUCUGGGAGGGGACCCACUAUGACCGGGUCCUGUCACAGUUCCAAGAGGUCCUGCACGUCAGUGACACACGCAUGAGAUCCAACAAACUCCAGGUGUAAUGAGCUCUGGCAUUAGUUUCAUGCAUCUGAUUUUUUUUACAAAUCAUUUUUAUGGAGGUAUUUUUAUUUGCUACACUGUGUCAUAGUAACUGUGCGAAAACCUUUUGGAAGCGUUAAUUGUGUUUUGCACUGCAAAGAAAAUUAACUAUCAAAUGAUCCUGUGUACAUUAGUUUUACACGGUAGAAUAAUAGACGUGAUGCCAUACAUUUUUUACAAACCUCCUGAAAUUGUUCAUAAUGUUUUUAAUAACACUUUAUGAAAAGAUUAGUCACACGUUGUUAUUAAAAACAGGAUUUAUAUUGGAUCAACCCUACAAAAUGGCACAAUACUUUAAAUUUCAUUUUUGCACAAUAAUUCAAUGUUCAUAAAUCAUAGGUGUUUACUGUUUUAACAACACUUUAUGAGAAGAUUAGUCACAAAUUUUGAUUUACAAACUUUCAUUUUAUUUCAAAUUUUUUACUGUUUUUAAUUUAAGAUCUAAAUUUGUUUUACACAAUAUAAUAUACUUUUUGCCAUAAAAUGUUUACAUUAACCCCCUCAAAAUGACGAGAUAUUCAUUUCAUUUUUGCACAAAAUCUUUCGUAAUUUUUUACUAUAUAUUUUUACUAUAAAAAAAAAAGUGAAGAUCUACAUUUGUUUAACACUUUAUAAUGAUAUAUUUAAUGCCAUAAAUUGUUAAAAAAGCUGUGGGGUGUUUUAAAGAACACUUUAUGAAUAGAUUCACUACUCAUUUAAAACAUGAUAUCGUUUCUUUGCGCAACAUCUUUUGCCAUUUUGUACUCUCUUUGUUUUUCUAAAAGAUCUAUCAUGAUAAUAUGCACGUUAUCUCUCUUACACUUAUCUUUACAAGCCAAAAAAAAAAGUUUGAUUUUCUUGACUUCCUUUUUUCAGUUCGAGCGUUGUUUAUGUUUAGUCUUUAAGUCAUAUCUCCAUUUGUUAAUCUGUCAAAACUACAAAAAAACAUGCUUGGGUUCCCCAAAGACAGUGCUGCUGAAUUCACGCCAGACACUGUUCUCGUUCCAAGUUUUUGAGGACGGUUUGCAAGUUCAUAACAGGAUGGGCUGCAUACAGUCAGUCCUCAGUGCUGCCCUUCCGAGUUCAAUAAAGCAACUCUCAAACAGA